AUGGGCUGCACGCAGUCGAAGAUCGAAAACGAGGAAACCGUGAACCGGUGCAAGGAGCGCCGGCAGCACAUGGAGCGGGCCGUCACGGCCCGGAACAAGUUCGCGGCGGCCCACUCUGCCCACGCCAUGUCCCUUAAGAACACCGGCGCCGCCCUCAGCGACUUCGCGCAGGGGGAGGUCGCGUACCCCUCCGCUGCCGCCGCCGCGGCCUCCGUUGCGUCCUCCUCAUCCGCCGCCGCCACUGCCGUGGCCGCCAACCCCCCUCCGCCCCUACCCCCGUACGAUAACUUCCCGCCCCCUCCUCCUCCCCUCCCCGCCUCCUUCACCAAUUCCUCCCCUCUGCAGCGUGCCGCCACCAUGCCGGAGUUUGGGAUCCCCCUACCUGAGGCCAAACACUCAGAUCCGAUCAUUGAGGAGGAGGAGAGCGAGGAGGAGAUCGAGGCCGAGAGCAGCCAUAGCCUGAAAAGACGUAGCACCAGCAGCAAGGGUGGUGGCCGAGGAGGGGUUCCCACACCGGAGGUUGUGGAGGAUGAAGUUCUACAUCACCUGCCACGGAGAAAGAGCAAUUCACGUGAUCCGGAGCCUCUUCAACAACAGAAACAACAUCGGCCGCCUCCCCCACCGGAAAAUUCAUCCUGGGAUUACUUCUUCUCGAUGGAGAACGUACCAGGGCCCACACUGGCAGAGGUGGAUGACAACAAUCUGGAGAGGGAGGAGAAUGAGAGGAAGGUGUUUCAAGAAAGGUCUAAGAAAGUGGAAAUGAACGGAAAGAGUGAGAAAGUGGAGAAAGAGGUGGUGGAGACAGCAAAAGAACUUCCUCCUCAGCCGCCGCCGCCGGAAGCAGCUAUGGCGGCGGCUAAGACCGUGAAAAGAGUGAAACAGGGGGCUCCGGCUGAGGGCAAAAAGAAGGGUGGGGGAAGUAAUGUGAACUUGAUGCAAAUAUUUGUGGAUCUUGAUGAUUGUUUUCUUAAGUCUUCACAGAGUGCUCACGAUGUCUCAAGGAUGCUUGAGGCUACUCGCUUGCAUUAUCACUCAAAUUUUGCAGAUAAAAGAGGGAAUAUUAAUCAUUCACAAAGGGUAAUGCGUGUCAUCACUUGGAAUAGGUCCUUCAGGGGUUUGUCUAACAAUGAUGAUGGGUUGGACGACUUUGAUUCGGAAGAGCAUGAAACUCAUGCCACCGUGUUGGACAAGAUGCUGGCAUGGGAGAAAAAGCUUUAUGAUGAAGUUAAGGCUGGCGAGCAGAUGAAACACGAAUACCAGAAAAAGGUAGCCUCGCUGAAUAAGUUGAAGAAAAGGAAUUCAAACACAGAAGCAUUAGAGAAGAUGAAAGCAGCAGUGAGCCAUCUGCACACGAGAUAUAUUGUGGACAUGCAGUCCAUGGACUCCACUGUGUCCGAGAUCAAUCGUCUACGUGAUGAACAACUCUAUCCAAAACUUGUUGCUCUCGUUGAUGGAAUGGCCACAAUGUGGGAGACCAUCCAAACACAGCACGAGAACAAAUCCAAGAUCGUCCAAGCUCUCAGACACCUCGACAUUUCCCAAUCCCCGAAAGAAACAACCGACCACCACCACGAGCGAACUCGCCAGCUGUGCGGUGUGGUCCAAGAAUGGCACUCCAACUUCACCGAGGUCAUGUCUCAGCAGAAAGAAUACAUCAAGGCCCUCAACACCUGGCUCAAGCUUAACCUCAUCCCCAUCGACACCAACUGGAAAGAAAAAGUCUCCUCCCCUGCCCGGGCCCACACCCCUCCUAUCCAGGCCCUACUGCACGGAUGGCACGAUUACCUCGAAAAGCUCCCGGACGAGCCUGCUCGGGCCAGCGUGAACAAUUUUGCAGCUAUAGUGAAGACGAUAUGGCAGUACCAGAAGGAGGAGCUCGAGCUGAGGGCCAAAUGUGCCGAGUCGAGAAAGGAGCUGGGAAAGAAAACGAGAGAGUUCGAGAACUGGGCCAACAAGUACAUGCAGAAACGGGCGGGUAUGGAUGAGGCCGGUCCUGAUGGGGUAAGGGAUGAGGAGCUCGUUACGGAGAAGCGGAUGGCAGUGGAGGCUGCCAAGCAGAAGGUGGAGGAGGAUGAGGAAGCUUACCAGAAGCUUUGUGUUCAGGUUAGGGAAAAAUCGCUGAUGAGUUUGAAGAGUCACUUGCCUGAGCUUUUCCGGGCCUUGUCUGAUUUUGCACUCGCUUGUUCGGACAUGUAUGGUUAUUUGAGGUCGAUCGCGCAUUCGCGUGCUAGAAACGAGGCUUGA